AGUGGGAAGAAGGUUGUGAAAAACAGAACGACCUGUGGCCAAACAAGAUUAAGUUCUGGGCAGAGGAAGACGUGAACGAAAGAAAACGAUCAAGACUUGGGCUGAGUUGAAUGUUGCAAGAUGAGGGUGCAAGUCGCAAUCUUCAUGCUGCUUCUCAUGCUAGCACAAAGUGUCACAUGCGAAGAUAAGCCUCUGAUGUCUGUUCCACCUCUUAAUGCUGAAGAGCAGACCACUCUGAACUGCUCAGUCACCAGGACCCUGGAGAUAAACUAUUUGAAGAAUGCAACAAUCACAGGAAAUUUGACUGUAAAGAAAGGAGAGACACUGAAUCUGAACUGCAGCGCUGAAAGUAAUUCACAUCCAUUAAACAUCUCCUGGAGUUUUAGAGGGGCUUCAGGUUCACUUCAGAAUAAAACUACUGACGACACACUCACCAUAACCAGUGUUAGCAGCGAACAUGCAGGGGAAUAUGUUUGCACCGUUCAGAAGUUCAAUCUGACUCUGAAUACCUCUGUGAAAGUCACUGUGAUAGAUCAACCCAUGAUCCUCAAUAAUUCAACAUGUUUUCAGCUGGAGAAGAGUUUGAAGUGCUCUUGUCUUUGUAAAGAUGUUGAAGGACGCCUAAAUGGAUCUGUUGUAAACAGCACCAUUAGAAUAAAUGGCAUGACGUGUGGAUGCGAGAACGACGCUGGCAAUAAAAUAUCAGGAAAAGGAGAGACUGAGAACUUACUGAGCGUAAGAUCAAUCCUCACAUUUCUGGUGGGAGCAGCAAGCACAGCAGUCAUCUUCUGCAUUGCGCUGUGCUUUGUUGGCAUGUGCAUAAGGUGUGGAACUGUCAAAGCAGUGGAUGGAAAUGCAAACAAAGCAGAUGUUAAACUGGAUGCUGUUAAAAUUCAACACAAUUCUGCUGGCACAGACCAAGCAGAAGAAGAUGAACACACUCCACUGCGAGGGCGCCCUGCUGCAGCGGCCACACACACAGCUGCAGUGAACGGUGAAGUCAAGGUGGAGGACACACCAGGAGAAGACAGGCCUUCAGGAGAGGAGAAGGCAGCAGGAGAGAAAGAGCAGAACGAAGUGGACUACGCCUGUAUCGACUACUCCCUUCUACAGGACAGAGGAGCUGAGGCCCAGAAGGAGCAAAGCGAGGAGACGGAGUACGCAGAGAUCCAGAUUAAGAAACAGGCUGAGGAAGAGGGAGCUGAGGACCUGCAGGGUGAAGAGGUCCAGGGUGAAGCCCAGGGGUUAGAGAAUCAAGAGCAGGUGGAGGGAGAGGAGGAGGAGAUACAGGUGUAAUGCUUUGAAAUAAAGAGUUACUUUUAUGUUAAACUCCCGUACUGAAAUAUGAUACAUGGCAAAGUGGAUUUAGAUAUAGGACACAAAUGUGAAUAUUAGAAUUCCCUAAUAUUGAUCGUAUAUUUGUGCCAUGAUUAUUCAAUUUUUUUUUCAAUAUGGGACAUACAGAAUUCAGCUAUAUAUUCAGCUAUAUUACAACAUGUACAAACACGUGUGUAACACUUACGUUUACCCAUAUAUUUGUAUAAUAGUAUGGUAUAAAUUAUAUGUAUAACUGCAAAUCCCAUAUAUUUGAUCUGUAUAUUAUGCAAAUGUUUCAGUAUAUUAUAUUUUUCACAUAUAAAUGUAUAUAGUGUAUAUGCACACAUACAGCUCUGAAAAAAUAAGAGACCACUUACAAAAUGAUGAAGUUACCAAAUUGAAAACCUUUGCAAUAUAAUCAAGAGGAAGAUGGAUGAUCACAAGCCAUCAAACCAAGCUGAACUGCUUGAUUUUUUUUUGCACCAGGAGUGGCAUAAAUCUAUUCAAAAGCAGUAUGUAAGACUGGUGGAGAAGAACAUGCCAAGAUGCAUGACAACUGUGAUUAAAACCAGGGUUAUUCCACCAAUUUGAACUUUUAAAACUUUAUAAAUAGGAACUUAUCUUUGCAUUAUUUGAGUUUUUUGUUGUUUCAGCCAUUUCUCAUUUUCUGUAAAUAAAUGAUCAAAAUAACAAUAUUUGUAUUUGGAAUUUGGUAGAAAUGUUGUCUGUAGUUUAUAGAAUAAAACAACAAUGUUAAUUUUACUCAAACAUAAACCUAUAAAUAGCAAAAUCAGAAAAACUGAUUUAGAAACUGAAGUGGUCUCUUAAUUUUUUUUCCAGAGCUGUAUUUUGAAAUAGAUGUUCAAUCAUUACUUAUAUAAACAUCAGUUUCUGUAUGAGCUAAAGAGAUAAGGUUAUUUUACAAUAUAUUUUUUGUCUUCUGUAAAUAUACAUAAUUAUAAAACAUAAAGAUAGGGUGUUUGCAAUGUAAACAUGUAAUGUCAGAGGUGGAAGGGAUGCAAAAUGUGUAGCAGAGUAAAGUGCAAUAAAAGGUAGUGUAAAGAUCGGUGGUUAAAUACAGUGAUCAAUAUUGUUGAAUGUGAAUGUAAAAAUUCCUUUAUGAGGUAGACGUACUUGCUGUAAUGAAAUGAUCAGAUCAAGAAAGCCAAUGGGUGUAAUUUCUGUACAGUUGCAUUGUGACAUCAGUUGUAAAAAGUGGUAUAUAAAUAACUUUGAUUUGAUUGAUUUUGCAGAGUUAAACGUAGUGUUGCAUUUAAUAACUGAGGAAUGUGAUUGAAUUUAGUCAUUAAUAGUAGUCAAACUAUACUUUUGCAGUUGCACAUGCACAUGAUUGCCUUUCUUAUUGUGUGCAAAUACAUUUCACAUAACUUUAUGUGUAAAAUAGGUAAAUAUUUAAAGACCAUAUUUCAUUGAAUUACAUGUGUUGUACAAAACAAUAUCAUUGCAUUUUUUUGUCCUUUUUUCUCUAGAAUUUUACAUUUUUUAUUUGUUCUGAUAGGUUUCUUGUUGUCUCAUCAAAAUCAAACAUAAAUAUAGAUUGUGAUACUUUUGGUAACAUAUAAAUAAAAUGUUAGACUAGCACAACUGACUUACAUUUUCUUCUUUUCUCUUUACAUUUGCCUGCUAUAUUUGGAUCAUGUACUUUUAAGAGCAGCUUUUCUUUGUUCUCUUAACUUUUAUGCAUCAUCUUUUUUACUUUUUUCUAAGAUCCAAAUACAUCAGAUUUUACUACUGUUGUUCACUGAAGACACAGUGCCCAAAUUCAACACAUGGUGGUGCUGUCUACUGACCAGUCACAAAUACAUUUAUCAUCAUCAACAACUUAGUUCAGGGGUGUCCAAACUUUUUUUGUUGGGGGCCAGAAGGAGAAAUAUAUUUGAAGUUACGGGCCACACUCUGUAAUACAACAAAUAAUGAAAUAUACCACUUUAAAUAAUAUUUUUUCCCUGAUUAUUUCAUUUACACACCAUUUUACUUGACUA